GCAACAGGUGGUCUUAUUGCUGUAAGCGAUCUCUUCCAGACAACCUUAGGGCAGCAGGAUAUAACGAACAAUAACUUUCUGUAACAGGUAGUCCACGAAUUAUAUAAGUACGUAAGUUAGAGCGAGUAAGGAUUAUUUUGACAGCACCAAGGUGGCGGUGCGGUGCGGUAGUCUGUUGAGGCUUUAAUAGUCUGUCAAUAUCAACUCAACUGUCACAAUUGACAAUACUCCCAAUGUAGCGCCACUGUCAUGCUAUUCUAUAAUAACGCGUAGCGUGGGCAUUUAUUAAAAAAAUUAUUUCAAUAAUAUCAUAAGUAUCAUGCCUAUAAUUACUGUUGAGUUAGAGACUUUUGUGCAAUAGUAUAACAUUUGUGACGCGAUCUGUGAGAGAUGGAGGCAAGUGCUGACUCUGGCCGGAUGUCGCCGGCGCGCGUGAAGGAGGAAGCCGAAAGGGACCUGGCGGAAAUGCCCCCUGUUAAGGAAGAAGCCGAAUUUAUGGAUGAAGAGGAGCGUGUGAAAGAGGAGUGCUCGGACAGCGACGACGGGUGCGGCGUGAGCGAGGCCGCCAUGCUGGCCGGCCUGUACGCCGAGCACGAGGUCAAGGACGAGCUCGUGCUGGGGCCGGAGCGCCCGCACCGCCCCACAGUCGGCCUGGUGGUGAGAGGAGGCAGGGCGCUCGACGUCGCGGAGGGCGGGCGUGCUGCGGCGGGUGCGCGGGGCGCGGGGGCUCGGCUCGCUCGGGACUGCUCCGUGCGGCUCGAGCGCCUCGCGAGCCGCGCCGCGCGAGCCCCGCAGCCUGCAGCCGCCGCUGACUCGGAUAGUGAACACCAAUCAUAUGGUACACCUGAGAAAGAAGAGACGUGUGAUAUAUGCGGAGAGAGUUUUGAUUUGAAAUCAGAUUUAAUAAAACAUGUCGCGGUCCACAUCCAUGUGCCUGCAAGCGCGGAGCAGGGAGCGGGGAGACCUGAUGUCACGGGCAAUGCCCGUGUUAAGGAAGAAGCCGAAUUCAUGGAUGAAGAGGAGCGUGUGAUAGAGGAGUGCUCGGACAGCGACGACGGGUGCGGCGUGAGUGAGGCCGCCAUGCUGGCCGGCCUGUACGCCGAGCACGAGGUCAAGGACGAGCUCGUGCUGGGGCCGGAGCGCCCGCACCGCCCCACAGUCGGCCUGGUGGUGAGAGGUAAUUUGUCAGGAGGCAGGGCGCUAGACGUCGCGGAGGGCGGGCGUGCUGCGGCGGGUGCGCGGGGCGCGGGGGCUCGGCUCGCUCGGGACUGCUCCGUGCGGCUCGAGCGCCUCGCGAGCCGCGCCGCGCGAGCCCCGCAGCCUGCAGCCGCCGCUGACUCGGAUGGUGAACACCAAUCAUAUGGUACACCUGAGAAAGAAGAGACGUGUGAUAUAUGCGGAGAGAGUUUUGAUUUGAAAUCAGAUUUAAUAAAACAUGUCGCGGUCCACAUCCAUGUGCCUGCAAGCGCGGAGCAGGGAGCGGGGAGACCUGAUGUCACGGGCAAUGCGCCCGCUCUGGUCUCCCCUGCGGCGGUGUCUAGUCGCCGCCGCUCGUGCGCGGUCAGGCUGGAGCGCCUGCUGCCGGACGCGGCGCGGCGCAGCUGCCGGGUCGGGCGCCGCACGUACAAGCUGCGCGCCGCCGAGCCCGCCGCCGCCGCCAGCUAUCAGUGCCACCAUUGCGGCGAACGGUUCACGAACAAGUCGGUUUUAAAGAUACACGUACACACUCACUCGCCUUUACAUAACGCACCCGUAGGGGAUAAAAAACUGUAUAAAAAGGCUCACAUGAUUAUACAGACAGGUGGAAAGCUUUUCAGUUGUAGCCACUGUAGCUACAAGAGUAGUUGGAAAUCAACUUUACGGAGACACCUGAUGACUCACACAGACGAGAAGCCUUUCAGUUGUAACCACUGUGGCUACAAGACUCGUAUGAAAUCAAGUUUACGUACUCAUCUCAUGACUCACGCAGACGAGAAGCCUUUCAGUUGUAGCCACUGUGGCUACAAAAUUCGUACGAAAUCAACUUUACGUAUUCAUCUCAUAACUCACACAGACGAGAAGCCUUUAAUUUGUAGCCACUGUGGCUAUAAGUUUAAAACAAAAUCAUAUUUACGGAGACACCUGAUGACUCAUAUAGACGAGAAGCCUUUCAGUUGUAGCCACUGUGCCUACAAAUGUAGUAGGAAAUCAACUUUACGUAGUCACCUGACGACUCACACAGACGAGAAGCCUUUCAGUUGUAGCCACUGUGCCUACAAAUGUAGUAGGAAAUCAACUUUACGUAGACACCUGACGACCCACACAGACGAGAAGCCUUUCAGGUGUACCCACUGUGGCUACAAGUGUAAAAGAAAAGCAGAUUUACGGAAUCACGUGAUGACUCACACAGAAAAGAAACCUUUCAGUUGUAGCCACUGUGACUUCAAGUGUAAAAUUAAAGCAAGUUUACGGAGACACAUGAUAACUCACACAGACGAGAAGCCUUUCAGUUGUAGCCACUGUGCCUACAAAUGUAGUAGGAAAUCAACUUUACGUAGUCACCUGACGACUCACACAGACGAGAAGCCUUUCAGUUGUAGCCACUGUGCCUACAAAUGUAGUAGGAAAUCAACUUUACGUAGACACCUGACGACCCACACAGACGAGAAGCCUUUCAGGUGUACCCACUGUGGCUACAAGUGUAAAAGAAAAGCAGAUUUACGGAAUCACGUGAUGACUCACACAGAAAAGAAACCUUUCAGUUGUAGCCACUGUGACUUCAAGUGUAAAAUUAAAGCAAGUUUACGGAGACACAUGAUAACUCACACAGACGAGAAGCCUUUCAGUUGUAGCCACUGUGCCUACAAAUGUAGUAGGAAAUCAACUUUACGUAGACACCUGACGACUCACACAGACGAGAAGCCUUUCAGUUGUAGCCACUGUGCCUACAAAUGUAGUAGGAAAUCAUCUUUACGUACUCACCUGAUGACUCACACAGACGAGAAGCCUUUCAGUUGUAGCCACUGUGCCUACAAGUGUAGUAGGAAAUCAACUUUACGUACUCAUCUGAUGACUCACACAGGCGAGAAGCCUUUCAGUUGUAGCCACUGUGACUACAAGUGUAUAAUAAAAGCAAAUUUACAGACUCAUGUCAUGACUCACACAGACAAGAAGCCUUUCAGGUGUACCCAUUGUGGCUACAAGUGUAAAAGAAAAGCAAGUUUACAGACUCACCUGAUAAUUCACACAAACGAGAAGCCUUUCAGUUGUAGCCACUGUGGCUACAAGUGUAAAAGAAAAGCAGAUUUACAGACUCACCUGAUAAUUCACACAAACGAGAAGCCUUUCAGUUGUAGCCACUGUGGCUACAAGUGUAGAAGAAAAGUAGAGUUACGGAGACACCUGAUGACUCACACACAGCGAACGAAAAAACAUAGAAGAGUAACGUCCAACAAAAUAUCAGCGUAAAAGUGGCCCCACUAUUAAAACACGCAAUACUAAUAACGGACCAAUUGCAACUCGUCUAAGUUCAGGUCUUGUUUUCUUCGAUGAAACUUCAUUUGACCAUGAU